AUUCAGCGUUAACCGAUUGUGAAUCGUUCAGUCAAUCGCCAUAUUGAUUUUAGACGAAAAAUCUCAAGCAGCCACAUUGGAUCGUGACAUUUAGUUGAACUAAAUAGAAUAAAUUUUCUCAGCUCUUUCGGAGACCUCAAGUGAUUGAUUGAAGAGCAGCAAGAAAAUUGCCAAUGUCGAAAAAAGAUCAAAAGAAAGCAAAAGAACCCGAAUAUAAGGUGGAAACAGUUCCGAUGGAUCCACGUUUUCCCAAUACGAAUGUAACACGGCAUUGCUGGUUUUCCUAUGUGGAAUACCAUCGUUGUCAGAAGAGUCGUGGUGAAGGGCAUGAAUCGUGCGAAUAUUUUCAAAAAGUUUUCAAAACAAUGUGUCCAAACGCCUGGGUGGAAAAGUGGAAUGAACAACGGGAAGCCGGUGUUUUUCCAGGCAGAAUUUAAGUUUUUAUACUUUUAUUAUAUGCUGUAAAUUGUUGUUAAAUGACACCAUCACUGCUACACCAGCAAACUGUCAAACGACUCAAGACACACACACGCAUUAACACACAGCAAUACUUACAGCCAUAUAGAAACAUAUUUACAAUGAAAAACCACUUUUUCACAUAUUUACUAUAAAUUUCUUAAAUAAAAUCGUUUUUUAGUGUGGAAAAGUACAUAAUUUUUCGGUACACUCCUUGCAUGAGUCGACAAAAUAAUUUUCAUUUGCAAUGAACUACAAUGUGGCAACUACGCAUGUAAGGUACACAAAAAAUAUUUACAGUUUCGCCGAAAAUUUUGCUUAAUUACAAUUCAUUUUCUUUUGAUUUAGAGAAAAAAUUAAUUUUUCGGUUUUCAUAUUUUUUAUAUUGAAUUUUUGUAUACUUUAAUUUUUAUAUAUAUUUUUU